GACGUGCAAACGGCGGUGCUAGAAGCGAAGUCAAUACCGCAGGCUGAAGCUUUGGUCAGUGCUAUCGAGAAGUGGAAAGUCGGAAUUCCAAAGAUGAAGGCGAAGGUCAUCUCUGAAGAGGACUUCGAGAACUUGUUGGAAAAGAGCACCACAUGCGUGGUUUUCGUCAAGAACGUGCCGGAGGACAUCGAAGAUGAGACAGACAUCAAAAACAUGGGAAAAGAUAUUGAGAGGGCACAGAUCGGACACCACCCACAGCAUGGAAGGUAUGCCAUCAUUCAGGCGCGAAGCCACGGCGCUGCUCGAUCCUGUGUGGAUGUCUUCAACAUUCCUCACAGCGGCGGCGUCAUGACUGCGGAGCUCAUGACUGUAUACCAGCAAGAGAUGGUGCAGAAGGGCAGUUCUCAAAGCGUGGUUCGGCAAGCAGUAAGGAGAGUCGCCGGCGAUAAUGCCAGGAGUCCAGGAACGUUUCACCAUGCUUCCUUAUUUGCCCCGAUGCGGCUGCGCAUGGCCAUAGGUGCCCCGUGCCUUGAGACUUCAUCAUUCGUGCUCAUGCGCCUGUAUGGCCGGGAUGCUUUGCUGGAUGUGGACGCCACCGAAGCUUUGGGGGCGGCCUUGGCGCACGAAGCACAAAAAGGUGAUGUGUUUUUCCUCCGCGGAGAGCUGGGUUCAGGGAAAACAUCCAUGGCGAGGGGCUUCCUACGGGCCUUCUUCGCAAGUCCAGACCUGGAUGUGCCGUCUCCAUCUUAUUUGUUGCAUUUCACCUAUGGCACUUCAGGUGCAACCUCACAAAAUGCUGGGAACUCCGACGGGCCUUCCCUGGUUCCCGGCUGUGCAGUGCACCACAUUGACCCAUACAGACUUCCAGCUGGCAAGAUUGCCUCUUUGAUCGACUUUGAGGCGAUUUGGCAGGCGAUUUGCCUAGUGGAAUGGCCCGAGCGCUUGGGAGAUCAGCUCGUGACAAAGGAUGGCCCACAGCGGCUGGAGAUUGGCUUCGAAGGUUUUGGACCACAGGCGGAGGGAAGAAAAGUUCUGCUCACUGCCGUUGGACCACGAUGGCAAAAAGCCUUGAGGCGCUGGCAUGCAGAGGGCGGUCCGCUGCGGUCACGGUCAAGUGAGCCUCCGAGCCAUGAAAUCCGUGAGUCCAUCGGGGCUGCUUUGCCUGCGCCACUCUCUGCAGUUGCACCUUCUGCCAGUUCAAGCUCACGCUCCAGGAACUGCCGUACAUUGGCCGAUGACAAAAAGCAUUGGUUGGUGCUGGGUAUCGAGUCCAGUUGCGACGAUACUGGUGCGGCUGUUCUCAGGGGUGAUGGACAGAUUCUCGGGGAAGCUUUGGCAUCACAGGCUGGCAUCCACGAGCAGUGGGGUGGCGUUGUACCCAGGCUUGCACAGGAAGGCCACAAGCAGGCCAUAGACGGGACGGUCGAAGAAGCUUUGCAACGAGCAGGAGUUGCAGCAAGCGACAUCUCCGCUGUGGCUGUAACGGUCGGGCCUGGGCUUGGCCUUUGUCUCGAGGUUGGUGUUCGCAAGGCAUUGCAUAUCGCUGCCGCACACCGGUUGCCGUUGGUGCGCGUGCAUCACAUGGAAGCUCACAUGAUGGUGACGCGAUUGCCUCCGCUUGCACAAGGGCAAGGUCUACAAGCAGAUCUCGUGCAGCCCGAGUUUCCAUUCAUUACGCUUCUUGUUUCUGGUGGUCACAACAUGGCCGUGUUGACCAGAGGUGUUGGCCGGCAUACUAUUUUGGGUAGCACAAUCGAUGACUCCAUUGGUGAAGCCUUCGACAAGACGGCCAGGCUAUUGGGGAUCACAAAGGUUCCUGGCGGACCCCAUUUAGAGCGCUUAGCCAAAGACGGGGAUCCGAAGGCACAUGCACUCCCAAAGCCGCUUGCAAAAACCAGAGACAAGGUAUUGCAGGAAGGCUGCAACUAUUCCUUUUCCGGAUUGAAAACUGCGGUGAGGACGCUGGUGGAACGGGAAUUGCCAAGUGCAAAGGCGGACACUUUGUCCGAGGAGGAGCUGCACAAAGCCAAAGCUGACGUAGCUGCCGCGUUCCAGCAAAUGGCGGUGCACCAUUUGUGCGAACGAGCCUCACGAGCUGCAGGCUGGGCUCUUGAGCUCGAGCCUGAUACCAAAUGUCUCGUGGUGGCUGGCGGUGUGGCCGCCAACCAAGCCGUACGCAAAGGCUUGGAAGAGGUUGCCAGGGAGCACUCCUUACAGAUGUUUUGCCCGCCGCCGCGGCUUUGUGUCGACAACGGUGUCAUGGUGGCUUGGGCCGGGAUUGAGCGCUUGCUCCUUGGCCUGUUCGAGGUCGCUAACCUGGUCGCCGCCGGAGCUGCUACCUUUGUGGUUAUCAGCCAGAGGACUUGGGAGGAAGGCUAUGCUCGCUUCGGCGGUGGCUCCACCACGCCAGGACAGCUGAAGUGCCCCCUGGAAAAUGCGCCAUCGGAGGAGGAGGGCAUCAUGGCUAAGAUGUCGCUAGGUGAGUUCCAGGAGCGCUACGGUGACCACUGGGCUAUGGCAGCGCUAGCCGUCAUCGUGGAAGACGAAGCGAGGAUCUUCCCGGUGGUGGCGCACAUCACCAAACGUCAUGGUCGCUACAAGCACGAUGCCGAGGGGGACGCUAAGAAGACGUCCCGGGUGGCCAUUAGCGGCUACACGGACGACGAUUCCAACGAGGUGCUACUCCUGAAGGCGAUGGCCACCAAGUUCCCUUCGCGAUUCAUCAUUGAGCUGGCUGGGGAGCUAUCGGCCAAGAACUUUGAGCUCCAGCAACAGUGGAUCCGUCGGGACUUGAACCAGCUAGCGGACGAUCUCAUUAGCGAGAACUCUGCUAGCUUCGGCCCGAACUUGAGGAGAGAGGAAGAGGACCGACGACAACACGGUACCCGGAAGCUAGGUGCUGACAGCCACGUGGAAAUUCGGCCGCGCUGGCCUUUGGGAGAGAGGGAUCCGCAGAAGACUCAGAGGGACCUCGUCCGGCGGCCAGCCUACGACCUCCAGUUGGCUUUUGACUUCAGCUUCAGAUGCAAAUGCAGCCAUGCGGACUUUAUUCCAACUGCAGAGGCUCCAUUUUUGACGCCGACCGUGCAGCCACUUCUCCUCAGCCCUGACGGUGAGCGUACUGCUCGAUUCGAAUUCUGCGAACCAGGCAUCGUGAUUCGCGUGGAGGCAGCACCAUCGUUCGGAAGCCAGGAAGGCGCGCAGCGUGCAGCCAAGCGGAAGGUCGAGCGAAUCACAAUCAUCCCGAGGGACAAGGUCGGCAUCAUGGGCGUUCGAGACCUUUUCUGGCUGGAUGGCGGGAGCUUCCUCAUCACAGGCUACGAGGGACCCAGUGGACGUUUCUAUGGUUGGAUUGCCGACCUUCGCGAGGGCAAGGCGUCGGUGAUCCGAAUGCCAAGCAGCGAGGCCAAUUUCUUCGUUCCUUUGGGUCGUUCGGGCUUGCCCAUGAUUCGGACUGCCGACUCUCCGGAGGUGCUCGUGGGAUUCACCAUGCCCGAUGGAGCAAGCACCAGCUUUUCCUGGGCAUGGUGCAGCACGCCUUCUGGUGACACUGCUGAUGCUGGCGAUGCUGUGCUGCCGACGGGCGAAUGGCGAGAAGUCGCCCUGUCGAAGGAUGGGGUCAUAGAUGCGGUACUGCUGUCGAACGGCACUGUUCUUCGGCAGAGUGCGGAUGGCUGGCUGGAUCUUGGUGUCCUGAGCCUAGAUCCAGACGCCCUGAGUGCAUCUCUGGCUUUACAGCCUCUUCUGCCACAAGAGCACUUAGUAUCUGCCACGCCUCACGGUGCCAUCGUCAUCGACACUGCUGCUGUCGGCAGCUUGCCGGAGCAUUUCCCGCAACCCGAGGAUUUGGCUUCGGAUAUUACAAAGCCCUCUGACGAAGACCUCGCUUCCUGGAUCCUUGAACAAGCUGUGUUGCGGCAGACCUCAGCUUUAGUGCGGCUGUCCGCUGGAGACGCGCCUCAGCCAAUUUUUGUGCAUCCCUUUUGCGACGUCGUUGCGAGUGGAGUGUGGAUCAAUCCGGAGACAGAAGAUGUUGAGGCAGUGUCGGUGCAAGACCUGAAGCCCAAGACCUAUAGCCUUUCACAAGAGCAUGAGGGUACACUCCGGUCGCUUCGGACACACCUUCCCGACAAGAUUCAGCUCUACGAGGUUGACGUAGCAACUGCUGGAAUGGAGCUGGUCGCCUGGCAGAUGCAUGCUGAGCGAUGUGUGGCAUUUUUCGCACAUCCUCUUCUGUCUGAUUUGGUCGCUCUCCCCGCAGUUGUGAAAGGCGGCAUGUUCACAUGGCUGGGACGGCGUGCUCUCCCGACCAGAGGUGCUGCUCCCAACUCUGCAGCAGCUGCUUUGAAGCCGACGCUGGAGGGUCACAGGAUACGUGCAACUAACGGCACGAGUGUGCCCGCAUAUCUCCUGCUUCCGUCAGAAGGAGCUGCAGCCUUGGUGGUACGGUUGCAUGAUGGACCCGAUCUUCGCGACAACUGGGGCACGGACAGUUUCGAUGCAUGGCUCCUCAGUCGAGGGUAUGGCAUCCUGAAGGUGAACUACCGAGGUUCCGCAGGGUUUGGGAAAGUUUGGCGUGCCAGCCGUGGAUUUGCGGAGGAUAUCAGUCGCGCCAUUGAGUGGGCGAUGGUUGAGAGAAAAGUACUAGGCGAAGCUCCAGCCGGAGAGCUGCCACCGGUGGCACUCCUGGGGAGCUAUUUUGGUGCUUAUGCUGCGCUGCACACAGCGUCCAGGCUGAGAGACUGGACAGCGUGCCUUGUGGCCAUUGCACCACAGCAAGUUGCUCCUGGUGGAGUAUGGUCAGAACCAUACUUUCCUGGUCAAAGCACAGAGUCAGAUGACAACCUCGAGCCUGCAGGUCUUGUCGGAGACCUGCAAGGUUUGGCCAUGAUGUUGGUCGAGUAUGAACGUGACGAUGCGAACGGUCCGCUUGCUAUUAAUUUGGUCCCGGUUGGUUGUGACCCUGAAGACUGGCCACGCUCAUUGCAAUAUGUGCAAUAUGCUGGAGAGCGGAAAGGAGGUGGAGUGGUGCGGCAAAACAUGUUGGACUUGUACCGACGCAUGGAUUCCUUCUUGCACGAGCAGCUCAGUGGGCUCACAGGAUCGCGAGGUUUGCGCAAAGAGAGCUUCGUCGACGAGGUGCCCUUCCUGUCGGCAGCUCUUUUGCCUGCAACGGUGGGAUCCAGCUCGCCUUCGGCAGAGAGCAUUGAGAUGGGCUUGGAGACCGUGCUGCGAAAGACAAAGGGUGAUGAGAUUGCUGAUGCGCUCCCCGAGCUACGAUCAGCAUUUGGUACGCCUGCUGGGGUUGGCUUCUCCGUCGCAGGCAAGGCAGCGAAACAGGCAGACGUGCUCGUCCGCUACGACACAGCACCGGUUCUAGCUUGUGAUCGAGCCUCACUACUGCAUGCCAGUGCUUUGCCAGGAAUGAUCGAGGUCACCGUGGCUUUUGCUGAAGCACCGCAGAAGCUCCAUGUCUUGUUGUCAGAAGUCUGGAUGCACAUUCGAGCUGAAAACUUGGGAUUUACAUUGGCAUUGCCGCGGCAACCGAAACGUGGCCAGCGAAUCCAAGCAUUCGCCCUGCCCAGUGGCACUGCCUUCCAUUUCGAGAUCGCAGCGGAGGCAACCGUUGGCGCUGUGGAGAACUUCAACUACUGGGCUGCUCGGGGCAGCAGUUUGCUGGACCUCGUGCUGCCGGAGGAUCUAGCUGGUGCCGCUGUCCUGGUCCCCACCAUUCCCGAAUGA